AUGGAACACAUGAAGAUGGAGAAUUACUCAGUUGUGACUGAAUUCUUUCUGGUGGGACUUUCCCAAUACCCAGAGCUCCAGCUUUUUCUGUUCAUGCUCUGCCUCAUCAUGUAUGUGAUAAUUCUGCUGGGAAAUAGCCUCCUCAUCAUCAGCAGCAUACUGGAUUCUCGCCUCCACACCCCCAUGUACUUCUUCCUUGGGAAUCUCUCAUUCCUGGACAUUUGUUACACAUCUUCUUUUAUUCCUACAAUGCUCAUUUUAUUUAGGUCUGAAACAAAAUCUAUCUCCUUCAUUGGCUGUGCUCUACAGAUGGUAGUCUCCCUUGGGUUAGGCUGCACUGAGUGUGUCCUCCUGGCUGUGAUGGCCUAUGAUCGGUACGUGGCCAUCUGCAACCCACUGAGGUAUCCCAUCAUCAUGAACAGGGUGCUUUAUGUGCACAUGGCUGCGUGGUCCUGGAUCAUAGGCUAUCUGAUCUCCCUACUGCAAACAGUCAUGACAAUGAUAUUGCCUUUCUGUGGGAAUAAUGUCAUUGAUCAUAUUACCUGUGAGAUCCUGGCCCUUCUUAAACUCAUCUGCUCAGAUAUCACCAUCAAUGUGAUUAUUAUGACAGUGGCAAGUAUUGUUAUACUGAUGCUUCCUCUACUGUUAAUUUUCAUCUCCUAUGUUUUUAUCCUCUCUUCCAUCCUGAGAAUUAAUUCUGCUGAGGGGAGAAAGAAAGCUUUUUCUACCUGCUCAGCCCACCUGACUGUGGUUAUCUUGUUCUAUGGUUCAGCCCUUUUUAUGUACAUGAAGCCCAAGUCAAAGGACACAAACACUUCUGAUGAGAUCGUCGUGCUGUCUUAUGGCGUGAUAACGCCGAUGUUGAACCCCAUCAUUUACAGCUUGAGAAAUAAGGAGGUGAAAGAGGCUGUGAAGAAAGUCCUGAGCAGACACCUACAUUUAUUGAAAUCAUGA